AUGGCGUCCUUAAUUCUUGAAGCAUCUGAACACAAAGAAAAGGGCAAUAAGUAUUAUCAACAAGGAAGAUAUGAGGAUGCUCUUGCACAUUAUAAUAGAGCUAUUAUUAAGGAUUCUACAGAGCCAACAUAUUUUACUAACAGAGCUCUGUGUAAUUUGAAUUUGCAAAGGUGGGAAUCGGCAGCUGAGGAUUGUAGAAGGGCAUUGGACUUGGAUAGGAAGAAUAUUAAGGCGAAUUAUUAUUUGGGAAAGGUUUAUAUGCAGUUGGGGCAGUAUGAUGAGGUUUUUUUUUAAUUUAUAAAAUUUUUGGGUGUUUGGGGUAUAAUUUAGGCCAUUUAAAAUAAUUUGUUU